GGCAGUUUACCUACAGAAACAUCCUGGAUCGGUCUUGCAGCUACCACAAGACCAAUUGACCAAGAUGCCGCAAAUCAAGAAGAAAGGCCAGGCCGGCCAGGCCAAGAACUUCAUCACACGGACUCAGGCGGUCAGGAAGCUUCAGAUCAGCCUUCCCGACUUCCGGAAGCUCUGCAUCUGGAAGGGCAUCUACCCAAGAGAACCGAAGGACAAGCGGAAGAUCAUCAAGGCUGCCAACGCUUCAACAACCUUCUACUACACCAAGGACAUACAAUUUCUGCUGCAUGAGCCGCUCUUGCAGAAGUUCCGCGAGCAGAAGGUUCUCGAGAAGAAGAUCUCAAAGGCGCUGGGACGAGGCGAUAUCUCGGAUGCCAAGCGGUUCGAGCGCAAUGCUGUGCGGCCCGAGAAGACGGGCAAGCCUAGAUAUACCCUCGACCACGUCAUCAGAGAGCGGUAUCCCACUUUCAUUGACGCCCUGAGAGACCUGGACGACUGCUUGUCCAUGCUCUUCCUCUUCGCCAACCUCCCAUCCACCUCAACCGUCCCAGCCAAGAUGAUUGCCCGGUGCGAGCGGCUGUGCCUCGAGUUCCAGCACUAUCUCAUCGUGUCCCACAGUCUGCAGAAGUCGUUCUUGUCGAUCAAGGGCAUCUACUACCAAGCCAACAUUCAGGGAGAGGACAUCCUGUGGGUCGUGCCCUACAGGUUCAACCAACGCGUUCUGGGGGAUAUCGACUUCCGGAUCAUGGGCACGUUUAUCGAGUUCUACAUGACGCUGCUCGGGUUUAUCAACUUCAGAUUAUACACCUCGAUCGGCUUGAAGUACCCCCCUAAGUUUGACCAGACCAAGGAUGAACAAGCCGGUGAACUCGGAGCCUUCACCUUGGAAGGGGUAAACCUGGUUUCAGAAGAGGACCAGACGAAGCUCUUGACAAACGGCACUGCGGAGCAUGGGCCCGAUCCCAAGGUGCAAGCAGAAGUCGACAAGCUCGUUCGGCAGUUAAAGGAUGGCGAGUCGAAUGGUGAAGUGGAUGUCGUCGCCAACGACGGAGCAGCGGAAGACGGAGCUGAGGACGAAGAGAAGACAACCGAUGCUCUCGACAAGUUUGAGCCUGCUGCUCCCGGCGGCGACGUGCUCCCUCAGCCAUCGUACAGCAGCAAUGACCCCGGGUCUCUCUUCUCGAAGUGCACCUUCUUCCUUUCCCGGGAGACCCCGCGCCAACCCGUCGAGUUCAUACUGAGAGCGUUUGGCUGCAAGAGGAUAGGCUGGGAUGCUGUUCUGGGCGAGGGUGCCUUUACCAAUAACGAGCUCGACCCUACCAUCACUCAUCAGAUCGUGGACCGACCAGUGGUGCAAGCUGCCAUGGGCGAAGGUGGCGAUGGCGAGGAUAACCAGACUUCGCAGAAGCUUGGACCGAAUCAACGAGUCCCUGGGAGGAUAUACGUCCAACCCCAGUGGGUUUGGGACAGCGUCAACGAUGAGGAGCUGAAGCGGCCCGACCAAUAUGCGCCCGGAGCCCAGCUCCCUCCCCAUCUCAGUCCGUUUGUUCAGAACCUCCGAGGACAGUACGACCCGACAGUGCCCCUUGAAGAGCAGCAAACGGAGGCGGAGGCUCUCGAAGCCGACGUGUCCGAUGCCGAAGAAGACGAGGAGCUCGAGGAUGGCGACGACAGCCUCGCCGUCAAGGCUGCUGCCGAAGGAAUGGAUAUCGCCGGUUCCGAGGAGGACGAGAGCGAAGGGGAAGACGACAACGGUUCGUUCGACGGCUUCUCCGAAGGGGAGGAAGUGGAGGAGGACGAAGAGGAAGAGGUCUCGGCGGCUCUGCAACGGCAGCUGGAGCUAGAGGCGGAGCUGACGGGGAACACGGUCAAGUCCAAGCAGGAGGACGCCAAGACGAAGGCGAAGGCGGAGGCCCGGAAGGCUCUGCAGAAGAAGGCCAAGGACGAGGCCGAGGAGCUGGACCGGGCCAAGGGCAUGCUGAGCAAGAAGAAGAGGAAGCUCUUCGAGCAGAUGAUCUACAGCAACAGCAAGAAGAGUGCCGAGGACCUGAAACUUCGCGAGAAACGGAGGAAGAUAGAAAAGGAGUUGGCAAAGGGCAAGACACAGUAGAUCAACGCGGGCAGGUUUGUUUUUGUUCUUGUUUUUCUUUCUUUUUUUCAACAGAGGUGACGGAGUGCGAUACCAAAUCAAGCUGGUUUUCA